UGAAAGAAGAUGGAAAAACAGAUGACCGGUGGUAGGAGACAAAGAUUUAUGAUAACCAUUACAAGAAUCUUGAUUAGCUACGGCCGGCGUCUGCGUUCUCGUCUCACAAAAAUGGCGAUUCAUGAUUUUCAUUUUCUGGGUUGUGUUAAAUCAUCGCGGGUUUCUCAGUUUCCUUUCUCUAAAACCAGAAUAAGGAAUUCCCAGAGAUGAACGAAUUCGUUCGGUCGGGGGAGCAGUUGUUGGGAUGGUGAUCUUUCUCCAGCAUCAAACAUAUAUUUAGGUAGUCAGCUUUAAUUUGGAACCCUAUUCUUUAUUAGCUGCUGUUGAUAAGAUAAAUUUAUAUACAUAUUUUCUAACUUGUGUUUCACUCAUUUUAUCAUAUAUAUAGUUUCCUGCAUAAUUCGCAUAUAUAUAUCACUGUCUGUCACUGUCUUUGGUUUCUUUAUCUUCGCUUCCAAUCCAGUGUUAAGAUGUUUACAUUCCAUCUUAUUUGGAGAAACUAACUAACUAACAGGGUAGAGUAGUUCAGAAUAUAUAUAUAUAUAUAUUCUGGUGAUGUUUGCCUAUCAACUUUAGGAAACUCACCAAUUAAACCUACUACUCAAUUUUAACAUAUUAAGGUUUCAAACAUUAAAUUGAGAGCUGUAGAAUUUUACUUCCAUGGGAAAGCAAGGCUCCACUAGAAGUCCACAUGCUACUUCUAACGAAGAUCGUCAGUAUAGAUCUGUUUUCGAAACACAAACACAACAAAGUGGGGAUCCUAAUUCUUCCUUACUAGGAAGGAGAUCACUGUCUGCAGGUGGAGGAGACAAGCAAUGGAUUAUACCUCCUCCUCAUGAUCAUCAUCAUCAUGGAAUAUUGAAGAAUUAUGAUUCUUCUGCAAAGUUUAGUUCUUGCAAAGGAUUUUUUUAUGUGGGCAAGAGGCAAUUAUGGUUUGGGAAACAUGUCAGAUCAAUUCUUUACACAUUUGCCUUAAUGGCUUUUCUUUUUCUCUUGGAUUCUUUUAUGUUCUCCUUUCUUGAUUCUUCUUCACCAAAGAAACCAAUCAGUAGCAGUAAUCUAGAGGCAGCUAGAACACCUUAUGCUGUUAACCAAGGUGCACCGGUGAAAAUGUACAACCGCCUUCAUGGUCUAGCUUCCAUCGCUUUAGAAGAGAAAGAGUUAGCUGGUGAUCCAUUAGAUUUGUGGGAAGAGCCAUAUCCCCAGGCUUCUAGAUGGAAACCUUGUGUAGAUAUGACAACUUCAAAAGAUACAAGGAAACCGAAGGAAAGCAGCAAUGGCUUCAUUUUAGUGAGUGCAAAUGGAGGUCUAAAUCAACAAAGAGUUGCAGUUUGCAAUGCAGUUGCUGUAACAGCUUUACUCAAUGCGACUUUAGUGAUUCCGAAAUUUCUUUUCAGCAAUGUAUGGAAGGAUCCCAGCCAGUUUGGUGACAUUUAUCAGGAGCAACAUUUUAUCAACAUUCUCAAGAAUGAAGUGAACAUUGUAAAAGAACUCCCUCCACAUCUAAAAUCAUUGGAUUUUGAAGCAAUUGGCAGUCUUGUAACCGAUGCAGAUCUAGUGAAGGAAGCUAAACCUGGAUUAUAUAUCGAUAGAGUUCUUCCUAUACUAAAGCGAAACGGGGUUGUCCAUUUACUUGGAUUUGCAAACCGCCUCGGUUUUGAUCCAUUGCCAUUUGAAUUGCAGAGAUUGCGAUGUAAAUGUAAUUUCCAUUCGUUAAAGUUUGUACCGAAGAUUCAACAACUUGGGACAUUGUUGAUCAGGAGAAUACGAAAACAUAAUUCUGCAAGAAACGCGUUGGACAAGAAACUUCUAGGAAAGUUCAUCUCAAAUACUACUUCACAAGAAGAGGCAGCGGAAGAUCCUUCAAAGUAUCUUGCACUUCACUUGAGAUUCGAGAUCGAUAUGAUAUCCUACUCGAUGUGUGAGUUUGGAGGUGGUGAAAAGGAGAGAAAGGAGCUUCAAGCUUACAGAAACAGCCAUUUUCCUCUGCUCAACCAACGAUUGAAGAAAUCAAACUACGUUCCAUCCUCUAAAGAACUAAGGAAGUUGGGGAAAUGUCCAUUGACACCCGAAGAAGCUGCACUUGUUCUUGCUGGUAUUGGAUUUAAGCGAAGAACAUUCAUCUAUCUUGCAGGGUCUCGAAUAUACGGAGGAGAAUCGAGGAUGAAUCCUUUGACUAGCCUUUAUCCAAAUAUGGUGACAAAGGAAGAUCUUUUAACACCAACUGAACUUGCACCUUUUAGAAACUUUUCUUCUCAGAUGGCAGCAUUGGACUUCAUGGCAUGUGCAACUGCUGAUGUAUUUGCAAUAACUGAUUCGGGUAGUCAAUUAUCAUCUCUAGUUUCGGGUUUACGCAAAUAUUAUGGCGGUGGUGGGCGUGCUCCCAUUUUGAGACCUGACAAGAGGAGGCUUGCGGAGAUUUUGGCAAAGAAUGGAACGAUUAGUUGGCGUGGUUUUGAAGAUAGGAUAAGGAAGAUGAUGACUGACGAUGGAAGAAGAGAAAGGUUCUUUGGAGAAAGCAUUUAUCGCGAACCUAGAUGCCAAGAAUGCAUGUGCAAGAAGAAAUGA